AUGAAGACUUUGAGCAUUUCCAGCAUGGCCCUCGCUGCUACUGCAGCUCUGGCCCAACCUGUUAAGAGAGCCGGCGGCUUUGAGGCAGUGACAUUCAACUCCCUCUAUGUUGAUGUCUCUGACACCAUCUGCAACUUUGCAUUCAGUUUCGAUGACCCCAACACCAACCUGACGGACAACCGGGUCAACUUGAAGUGGACACGUCCCAGUGAGCCCCCAGCGGAUACCUGGACGAACGACAACAACUACAUUGUUUCCUUCCCCGAGGGGGUAGACGAUAUCACUCAUCUGACCUUCACGGUCAAGAACGCCAAUUCCCCCGAGAGAAUCAAUGUGGCCACCAACAAUGAAGCUGCAGACUCGGCUUGGACUUGCAGCCCCACUAAAUUCACGAAUGAAUGCCACAGUGUCCGCUCUGUCAAGAUCAGCCCUGUCCUUUCCUCCUAA